UGCUCAUGCUGAAUUACAGCGCAUUUCCUCAUUUGUCGUAAGUUUAGUGACAGGUCAUGUAGCUGUCUGUAUUAUAGUAGCACCAGCCUGGAUACUGAUUAACUGCUGGACAUGGAGCACUUUAUCAAUCACUAAACCAUCACUAAAGGCAAAUAUGGGGGAGAGCGUUGAUGUCAAGGCUCUGAGGGCCAGGUUCAACAACAAGGCCAGCACCUCGGACACCAGCAGCCGAGACAGCGGCUCCCCAAAAUCUCCACGACCUGGGUUUGGGAAGGCGAUCCUGCCAGUGAAAGAGAGCGAUCUGGCCCAUCACAGACUGUCUCCUACAUUUCCUCCUGUUCCGAUGGCUGGCCCGGGCCUGGUGAGGUUCCCGAGGGCAGAACCAAUGGUAGCCUCCAUCCCCUCCAGACCAUUCCCUCGACCGCCUCCCUAUCCUGGAGUCAGAGCAUCCAUCCAGCCGGCAGACGCCACAAAGAUCAAGCAGACGGGGGAGAUGCUACAGAACAUGAUGCUGAGGCACCAGAGGCCUCCAGGCACCAAACCAGCCCUGGCUCCAGCUCCAGCACAGGCUCCUGCACCAGUUCCCACCUCCACCCCUCUACCGCUCAGACAGCAGCACAGACAGAGGAGCACAGGGGAAGUGACACCGCUGAGAAAGCCCCUGCCCCCUGAAGGACCCCUACCUUUGAAACCCAAACGGCCUCCCAUUGUCAACCUGGAGCCCUUUAUGAGGUUCAACCGAGGACCUGCCCUUCCUGGCCCGAGAAAGCGUGACGCAGGUUCCCCAGGCUCAGCAAGCAGAGAGAUGCCUUUACCUGCAGUAAUCAGUCCUCCAAAACCGCCACAACGAUCCAACAAACCCAGCAGGCUGCCGCGCCAAGUAGCCUCCAUGGACAUUGAUGAUAACCUGGACUAUGAUGACAUUGCAAGCUUUGAGAAGAACGAGUCCUGGAGUGACAACAGUUCACAGUGUAUGGACGGGGAUGACAAUGACGUGUAUGAGUCGAUAGAUGAGGACCAGGUGGAGAUAAACCGGGUAAAUGCUGAGAAGAAAAACAAAAAAGAAGCAAAGAGGCAACGGGAGCAGGAGAAGAAAGAUCAGAUGGAGCGUCAGAAAAAAGCAAAUGAGUUGAGGAAAAACUUUCAGUUGCAAGGGGAGGUGGAGGUUCUUCAUACAGCCAAAGUCCGGCAUGACUGGUAUGGAGGAGGAAAGCUGGAUCUCAGCGUACAACACGGCGAGAGCGUGGAGAUCCUCCGAGUAAAGAAUAACCCAGGAGGCAAAUGGUUGGCUCGCUCUCUGAACGGAAACUACGGAUACAUCAGUAACACAUGUGUGGAUAUUGACUAUGAGGCAGUGAAGCGCAAACUGCUGCAGUCCAGAAAAAUUGACACAUCACUGUUGCCUCCACCACCUCCAGACCCCCCAAAGAUGUUAAAUGUGGAGUCCAAUAACAGAGACAGCAUGCUUGAAGAUGACGAUGACUAUGAUGACGUUCAACCAAUAACUGAGGAUUUCCCCCCACCGCCGCUUGAAAUCCGCAUGGAUCCCAAAGUGAUGAAAGAGCUAAGAAAAAAUUUUAAGUAUGAAGGGCCUCUCAGGGUGCUGCACACCAUGAUGGUGGAUCCUAAUGGCAUCAUAAAGAAGCCAGGAGGAAAGGAUCUGCACGUGACUCAAGGAGAAAUCGUGGACAUCAUCCAGCUCACCAACAGCAAGAAAGCUCUGUGUCGCAACCAGUUUGGAAAAUAUGGCUAUGUGUCCAGAUCUCUUCUUCUUCAAAUGGAAGGAGACAUUUACGACGAUGUUGACUAUCCAGGCGACAUCUACGACAAUGACUCCACACACUGAUUAUUAAAACAUGUCAAACUAAACACACACACACUCACACAGUAAGAGAGAGAGAGAUACACACAAACAAAAGAAGCAAACUAUAUAAAUACUGAAAACUUAAGCUGUUUAAAACUGUAUAACUAUCCACCUGGAUACACAUUUUUGCUUUAUUUGACUCCACCAGUAGCAUUCAGUUAAAGAGGAUUCAAACACAGCCUGUGCUGCACAGCCAGGCUGCCUGUUACAACUGAGGUGGAACAGAAAAGAGCUGUCUGGCUCACAAACAAACAAACUAGCUGAUAUAAAACUAAAACUAUACAGACAUACACACUCACUCUCUCACACAUACUGUACAAGCCCUGUGCUGAGAAUAACAAACUUGUCAUCAUUGCAUUGUUUGUCAAACUGCUUGUAUAGAAAAUGAAUACACUAUGACUGUAGCUUUGUGUAUUGCUCGACCUCUGAGAUAAUGUAAAAUAAAUGAAUACAUUUUUUUCUGGUAAUUGUG